UGAGCGAACGAGUUCGACGAAUCGCACACGAAUUUUGUUAAACAUACUAUAGGUCUAAUUUUCUGUUGAACUAUACGGUAUAAUAUAUGCGUAAUAUAAUACGAAGUCAAUUAUCAAUAAUCGCCAUGUACCGACGAAGUGAAUGGUUUUGGGUUGCAUUGGGCUUGCUGUUCAUCGUCUCGUGGCAUCCUCCGGUCACGGCGUCGGUCAUUUGGAAACCACACACCACCGAUCAAACGGACAUGCUGGACCUGUUAAGAUUCGUCCUUUUGAAUGACAACGAAUGGAAAAAAGUUCUCCAGCAGCAUGUCAAAAAAGAUAUGAUCCAAAUUUCUGCAUACCACGACACCGAUGUGAUCAAAGCCGAAUUACACCUCGUCGACGAGAACGAGGAGCUUAUCGAGGCAGGACCGAUAUUGAAAAAGGUUCUUGACGAGUACUCGUGGCUCGGCACGUACGUGGAAUUCGCGUCACGCACGUUGAGCAUUGCGUUCAUGUGCUAUACGUACACCAACAUCUUGCUAGUCGUGGAGAUGAUGUUGAUCAUGGAGUUUAAGUACCAGGACGAAAAGGAGAAAUAUCCGAAAGGGAUACAAGAAACACGAAAGGAGAUUCUGAUGGACACGUUGUCCGCAUACGUCAUGCUUGUGGAUAAGUUGGCCGCUGUGCAUGGUCGUCUGGACUUGAUGGGUGAAGUUUUGUAUCUGUACGAUGAGAGCAUAUACUCAAACAGAAACGCUCACAUGUUGGUGAUGCAUAGUAUGUCAGUAUCAAUUAGUGAACAGAUCUCUCGUAUGUGCAAACAACCCAAACGAGAACAAGUAUUUUUUAACUUGGGAUUUACUCGCGUCAAGGGUGAAUUGAAUAGCAGUUCUACCAAAAUAAUUCACGUUGCAUCAGCUAUCAAACAAGUCAUCCACCGUAUUAUAUAUAUAUAUGGAAAUUUCAAAAUUCAAUCAAUGCAAUUGAAUACAUGGAAACAAAUUCUAAAUUAUCAACAUCCUGUCAACCAAGAUAUAGAUCCAUUUAUAAUUAAAGAAAACUUACCAUAUGAUGGAACUUUAAUACACAUUUUAAGAAAAGGUAAAACUACUCAGGACUCAAAUUCGAAAAACGCACCAUUUGAAAUGGUUGCAGAAGAAAUCAAAAGAGAAAGGAGAAAAAAGAAAGAAGAGAGAAGAAAGGAAAAUAUAAAUAAUAAAGACAAAUAAAAGGAAAAAUAGAAAAAAGACAAAAAGUACCAAAUGAAAUGAUAGACCCAGUUUUGAAAAAAAAAUACAGUGAUAAUAAUUAUUAUACUAUACGUUGACUUUAUUUCUUCUUUUCGGUUGUUAUUUUAAAUUAAAAUUAUAUUGUUGAAAUAAAUGUUUUUUAAUCCAUAUAUAAUCCAAAUUAUCAGCAGACCUGAUUGUUAGUUAUUCGCUAUACCAAUUGAAUAUAAUUUAA